CUACGUUUCGAGUCGGAAGAUAUUUUCGAUGGCAAGAGCUUUUUCUUUCUAGGGUUUCUUCUUUUUCGCUCUACCAUCUCUCCCUCUCUCCAUUCAAUCAAUUGAAGGGUUUCUGUGCGGUUCCGUUCUUCUCUCUUCUUCUGUUUCUGAAAAGUGAUACAUUAGACUUCAUACUGGAAUUGUUUCCUCGAUCUGUUUGUGGUUCCUUGUGUUGUGUUAGGGAGUAGGUUUGAAGUCCGCGUAUUUUCUUCCAAUUAUGCGAUCAUCAUGGGCUGAUUCCGUCGCGAACGCCGAGAGCUCGGCGGGCGCGGUAUCUGGAAGCAACACCACCACCUCCUCCGGCGCUGGUGCUGCGGCGGCUUCUCGCUCUGAACGAAGUUCUUACGUCCCUCCUCAUCUCCGUAACCGUCCUCCUGCUUCAGAUCCUCACGCUUCUACUCAGCCCGAUGGUGGCUCUACUGCUUUGAGGCCUUCAGGGUACCCCGUACCUUCUAGUGGUAAUCGCUGGGGAAGCGGUGGGGGUGGCCAUGAUGUCGGCCGCUCCAGCUAUGUUGGCGGGCGUCCGUUAGGUGGUGGUGGUGGUGGUGGUGGUGGGUGGAACUCCCGGACCGGUGGUUGGGAUCGAGGUAGGGAUCGGGAAGUCAAUCCCUUUGGCAAUGAGGAUGACAAAACAGAAGCGGCUUUCAACGACCAGCAGAACACUGGGAUCAAUUUUGAUGCUUACGAAGACAUUCCGGUUGAGACCAGUGGUGAUAAUGUGCCGCCUGCCGCCAAUACCUUUUCCGAGAUUGAUCUUGGAUCAGCUUUAAAUGAGAACAUUCGGCGAUGCAAAUAUGUGAAGCCGACACCAGUGCAGCGAUAUGCAAUUCCAAUCUCUCUAGCAGGAAGAGAUCUGAUGGCUUGUGCACAGACAGGAUCUGGAAAGACCGCAGCAUUUUGCUUUCCCAUUAUAAGUGGGAUAAUGAGGAGCCCACCCGCACAGAAACCUAGAGGGGCUCGAAUUGUGUUCCCACUUGCUCUGAUUUUAUCGCCAACCCGUGAACUUUCUGUUCAGAUACAUGAGGAAGCUAGGAAGUUUGCUUAUCAAACUGGCGUUAAGGUGGUGGUUGCUUAUGGGGGAGCCCCACUUAAUAACCAGUUGCGGGACUUAGAGAGGGGUGUUGAUGUACUUGUUGCAACACCUGGCCGAUUGGUUGAUCUGCUUGAAAGGGCUAGAGUGUCAUUAUCAAUGAUCAGGUAUUUAGCGCUAGAUGAAGCUGAUAGAAUGCUUGAUAUGGGGUUCGAGCCACAAAUCAGAAAGAUUGUGGAGCAGAUGGACAUGCCUCCACCAGGUCAAAGGCAGACUAUGCUUUUCAGUGCCACUUUUCCCAGAGAGAUUCAGAGACUGGCUGCUGAUUUUCUUUCCAAAUACAUCUUCCUUGCUGUGGGAAGGGUUGGUUCCAGUACUGAUUUGAUCGUCCAGAGAGUGGAAUUUGUUCAAGAAACUGAGAAAAGAAGCCAUCUUAUGGAUCUUCUUCACGCCCAAAGAGCAAAUGGAGUGCAAGGGAAGCAAGCAUUGACUUUAGUUUUUGUGGAGACAAAGAAAGGAGCUGAUUCCUUGGAACACUGGUUAUGUAUGAAUGGAUUUCCUGCGACUUCUAUUCAUGGAGAUAGAACACAGCAAGAACGUGAGUAUGCUCUCAGAUCUUUCAAAACUGGUCAGGCUCCAAUUUUGGUGGCAACUGAUGUUGCAGCCCGUGGCCUCGACAUUCCACACGUGGCUCAUGUAGUAAACUUUGAUCUUCCUAAUGACAUUGAUGACUACGUGCACCGGAUCGGAAGAACGGGGAGAGCAGGAAAGUCGGGUUUGGCGACUGCCUUCUUCAACGAUAACAAUGCCUCUUUGGCCAAGCCGCUGUCUGAACUCAUGCAGGAAUCGAACCAAGAGGUACCGCCUUGGCUAGCUCGGUAUGCAUCUCGAUCUUCUUACAUGGGUGGCGGUCGUAAUCGGCGCUCAGGAGGAGGCCGCUUUGGUGGCCGUGACUUCAGGAGGGACACAUUCGGCAGGGGGGGCGGUGGCGGUGAUUACUAUGGCGGUGGAGGUGGUGGCGGUUAUGGCGGUGGAGCAUCAUCCGGUUAUGGUGGUGGUGGUGGUUAUGGUGGAGGCAACCCUGGGUCAGGGUUUACAAGCGCAUGGGACUGAUCCUUUGGUAGCAUUGUCUUUAACACUGUAUUUUUGUCUGUCAUUUCUUCAGAUUAUAUAUUCUUGACUAGGGUUUAAUAUCACUGAAGAUUAAGUUAUGGGGGUAAUUGCCCCCCCCCUUCCCACCUUUUUGACUUUUAAGUUUAAUGAGUAAUGUCUCCUUUUAUUUGGCUUCCAUUGUUGUUUGGCUGUAUUUAAUGUUUGGUUUGGUUGACCCUGGUUUU